CCUCUCAAGUUCUCAACUCUGUCUUAUCCCCUUUCCUUUUCUUAUUUCUUUCUUUAUUUUUUUCUUCUGUCUUCCGCUUCUGUUUUGGUCAAACAGAGAGAAAUCGAGUGAGAGGCCAGAGAUCAAAACCAAAACCAGAGAUCAAGCCUAAAGUAUUUAACUGAUUUGUGCCUUUGUAAAUCUAAACAGUUGUAUGAAAAACCCUAUUUUAUAGAGAAAUUGAGAGAAACCAGUUGUGAUUUUUGCUUUUAGCCUGAAUCUCUCAGAAGAAGAUUUAAUUGAAGAAGUAAAAACCUAGAAGAUAUCUAACCUCAGAAGAAGAUUGAAGCUACAAUUAUACAAGAUUCAAGUAAAUCUUUGAAGAUUUAGAUCAAAUGUGCACAACCAGAAAAUGUUCAAGCUGGGACUCAGUACAUGAAUUGAUCUGAUUCCAUGUGUUCUAGCAUCACAUGGAAUUUCUAUGUAGCCAGAUAGAGAUUACGAAGAAUACAAAGUAAGAGUUAAUGCUUUAGUAGCAAAAGCCCAGAAUACACCAGAUGAGGGGUGGACGAUGCAAGACAGUACAUCUUGGCCAGGAAACAAUCCUCGUGACCACCCUGGCAUGAUUCAGGUUUUUCUUGGACAUAGUGGUGCACAUGACAUAAAUGGAAAUGAACUUCCACGGCUCGUAUAUGUAUCCAGAGAGAAAAGGCCUGGCUAUACACACCACAAGAAGGUUGGUGCCAUGAAUGCGCUGGUUAGAGUGUCUGCAGUCCUCACUAAUGCUCCCUACAUUCUUAACCUUGAUUGUGAUCAUUAUGUCAAUAGCGAGGCAGUUCGUGAGGGCAUGUGUUUCAUGAUGGAUCCACAAGUUGACUGUGAUGAGCAUGAUAGGUAUCUACUGAUUUCUCAGAUGAGCUUCGAGAAGACUUUUGGGUUAUCUACGGUAUUCAUUGAAUCUACUAUGAUGGAGUAUGGAGGAGUAGCAGAUUCUGCCAACCCAUCAACUCUGAUCAAGGAGACAAUUCAUGUCAUUAGCUGUGGAUAUGAAGAGAAAACUAAAUGGGGGAAGGAGGUGAGAUUUCCAUAUACAUUUCAUAUCUUAAAGUGACAUUAACUAGUUUGUUCUUGUAUUGGUACUUGGAACUGGGAUUUUGUUCCAUCUAUGGUUGUAUAUUGAUAUCGUCAUCUUGUCUGUUUUUUUUUGUUUUUUUUUUGUUCGAGUGUUUGAUGUUGAGGUUUAACUUCAAUUUUGUUUAGUGGAUCUGAUAGUUACUAUGUA